AGAGCUGAUGGGAUAAGACUCGGAGAGAGGCCGGGCCUUGGGACCCAGAGCAUUGGCACUGGAGCUGUUUGAAGGAAGCCCCCACGUCACCCCCAUGGCUUUCUUGGUGGCUGGGAUGCUGCAGGUGGCCUCGCAGGUGGCUGAUGCUCGGGAGAGCCUGGGAAGAAAGGGUAAGUAUAGCGUGAAGGGCCCAAGGGUGGCCCUGGCCCUCUGCAGCCCUGAGGUGUCAGCCUCUACGGUCGCUCUCCUGGAGGGCGUGUUCCAGACCCUGGGCUUUGAGAGCUGCCAGAGGCAGGAGUCCUCCAUCCAGGGCUUCCGUGGGGAGCUGACGAGCUUCCGGGAGCGGCUGGAUGCCCACGGGGGCCCGGUGGGCUGUGCUUUCGUGGCCUUGGUGGCCCCCCGCCGGCAGCUGAGGCAGUCGCAGCAGCUGGUCCGGGAGCUGAGCUGCUGCAAGGCCCUGUGGGGCCACCCCAAGGUCUUCCUGCUGCUCUCCAGUGCUCCCGGGGCUGUCCCUGAGCCUGGGGCCUUCCUCGCCAGCCUGGGCGAGCUCUGCGGCCGCCAUCCUCACUGGUCACUGCUGCAGCUGCUAACAGAGGUCUUCUCCAGGACAGCUCAAGAGUCGGCAGGGGCUGCCUACUGCCCGGUGCUUCGGAGCUCCUUGCGGGGGGCACUGUACCUAGGGAACGUGGAGCCCUGGGGGCCUGAGCCAGAGCCCGGCCCCAGCGCUCAGUAUGACAUGUCCGGGGCCAGGGCCGCCCUCCUGCUGGCUGUGACCCAGGGCCGGCCGGGGGCCCAGCAUGAUGUGGAGGCACUGGGGGGCCUGUGCCAGGCCCUGGGCUUCAAGACUGCCCUGCGGACAGACCCUGCAGCCCAGGCUUUCCAGGAGGAGAUGGCCCAGUUCCGGAAGUGGCUGGAUGCCCACAGGGGCCCCGUGAGCUGUGCCCUUGUGGCCCUCAUGGCCCACGGGGGCCCUCAGGGGCAGCUUCUGGGGGCUGACGGGCAAGAGGGGCAUCUGGAGGCACUUGUGCAGGAGCUGAGCUGCUGUGGGGCACUGCAGGGCCGCCCCAAGAUCUUCCUGCUUCAGGCUUGCCGUGGGGGGCACAGGGAUGCGGGAGUGGGACCUGCAGCUCUCCCCUGGUUCAGACGCUGGCUGCGGGCACCUCCAGCCACCCCCUCCCAGGCCGAUGUCCUCCAUGUCUGUGCUGAUGAGCAAGGCAACUCCUCCAGGGGCCCCACUCCAGGGAGCCCUAACCAAGCAGAUGUGCUGAUGGUCUAUGCAGCCGCUGAAGGCUGUGUAGCCUAUCGGGAUGAGAAGGGCUCAGACUUUAUCCAGACGCUGGUGGAGGUCCUCAGAGCCGACCCCAAGGCAGACCUCCUGGAGCUGAUGACUGAGGUCAAUCGGCAGGUGUGUGAGCUGGACGUGCUGGGUCCGGACUGUGAUGAGCGCCGCAAGGUCUGUCUGGAGAUCCGCAGCUCCCUGAGGCGCCGGCUCUGCCUGCAGAUCUGACCGCCCCCGCGGCCACCCAGGGGUGCUGACAGUGGGGGGCCGCACACCAGCACCACCAGUAACCCCGUCCAUCGCUCGGUUCCUCUCCCAAAAACGGCGCGAUAGCACAGGAAGCUCGGCUGGCAUGGAAUAAACGUGGUGAUCGCUGGACACGUGAAUAGCGCUCGCAUGCAGGGAACUAGGACAAUAAGCGAGAUGAUGUAUGGAGCGCCGGGCACUUCGGAGGCCGGGCCCAUCGAGGGAAGAAGGGGCGGACUAAGAAACCCCCACGUGGGCUAGGCAGCGCUGGAUGACCUGGGAAGGGGCAGCCCCGGGUCCACAGCACUCUCCCAGCACCCCCACCCCACCUGCACCGCACGCUGGAGCCGCGGACGGGGUCGGAUGGCAGGUUUAGUGGUGCUGCGAUAGGGGAAGCAAAGGGGCUGCGGGAGCAACGGACAGCCCCGCCCCAGCGUGGGCCUGGGGCUCGUGGGAGAAGAGAUCAGGAGUCCUCGGGACAGGAGGGGCUUGGGCAGCUUCACGCGGGCUCGAACUCUAAGUUGCAUGGCCACCUCAGCGGCGCUCAGUUGCGCUGCUCAGCUGCGGGCUCAGAGCCCGGCUCACCGGGAGUCCCGGGGGGCGGGGCGCCAGACCAGUGUGCGCAUGCUCAUUCGGGGGCGGCAUUGCGCAGGCGCCUGCAAAAGGUUUAUGAGAAAAGCUGAGCGACUGUCCUGCGCAAGGCCGCGUGGCCUAAUGGAUAAGGCGUCUGAUUCCGGAUCAGAAGAUUGAGGGUUCGAGUCCCUUCGUGGUCGUUGCAGGGUUCAGUUUUCUUCCUUAGACUUAAAAAAUUUUCCUUGUCUCCCAACUGCUCCUUACGCAAGCCUAGGACCCUCUGGUUGUCAGCCACACUCCCUCCUGCCCCUGAGAUGCACCCCUGAUGCUAAGGGGCUCGGGACCCAUGGUGAACCCUUGGGCACUGUGGGGAGACCUACGCUGAUCAAACCCGGGCGGACUGCUGACCCUGGAACCCCGGCCAGGAGUCCCAGGAGCCCAGGGGCGACUGGCUGCAUGAAUAUAGUUCAGAUGACUAGAACUGCGACAGAUGAGGGGUUGGACUUCUGCGGGGUGGCCCACCCUCAACGGGUCAGGGGCAUUUAAAAAUAUAAAAGAAAGAAAGAAAAAAAAAUACAAAAGAGUAUUGUGAUGAAAAAGUUUUGGAAAUAGAUAGUAAUGAUGAUGGUUGCGCAAUACUGUAAAUGUAACUGAUGCCACUAAAGUGUACACUAAAAAUGGUCAAAA